GCAGUGGUUCCAACAACACCUUGGAGUUGGGCUGGGUCUGUGUGGAGCCCCAGAGAUGUGCCCCAGCCCAUUCUUCUUAAGAAUCAAUGAGUAAAAUUAGGGGCCUCCCUCCUGCAAUCAGGGACCCAGGCCCUGGAGUGGAACUUGGAGUCGAAAAUGGCCUUCUCUGUCAACUGAUCCAUUCUCCAGAAUUCAACUUGUUCUCUGACUCGGUGGUGUUUGAGAGCACCUUUAUCCAGGUCACUAAGCAAGGAAACUGGAUGGAUGCCUACGAAAGAUCUGCCACUAUAAUCCUUGGAGUAACCUCUUCAGUGCCCUCCUUGCCACUCCCCAAUAUCCUCCUGAUGGCCAAUGUUACCUGGCCUCAAGGUCCAUUUUCCACCUGUAGCACACUUGGUGCCCCUGUCAUCACCCUCAGCAGGAUUCUUCCCCUGAAGUAUGUGGAGCUACAAAUCUAUGACCGGACCCAGCGCAUCCUUCGGGUUAGGACAGUGACUGAGAAGAUCUACUACCUGAGGCUCCAUGAGAAACAUCCACAGGCUGUGUUUCGGUUCUGGAUCCGCUUGGUGAAAAUCUUACAGAAAGGUCUGUCUAUCACCACCAAAGACCCAAGGAUCCAUUUCACUCACUGCCUGGUGCCCAAGAUGCCCAACUCCUCCACUGAAACAACACCUGAAAGCAGCCGGCCGGCAUCCUCCCAGAGUAGUGAGACCAUAAUGCUGCUGGCGGCUGAGCGGGCCGGCAGCAGUGUCCUAGAUCUCUCAAACAGACACCGGUUCUCAGAAGACAGAUACACUGAUACAAAAACAGACAACUCCAGCAACUGCAAGACAGCCUCCCCGGUGGCAUCUUUAAUUGGUAUGCCCAUGAGAGCCACCUUGAUCCACAGUCUCUGGGAACAAGAGGACUCAUGUGAGACCCUCCUACAGGCUCCUGUAGCCAGCUCCCUAGGAGACAACUUUUUGGGACCCUAACACCUGGCCAGAAUGGGGUGUCAGCCCUGUCUUCUAUGUGUUUGCUCUGCCUCCUACAAUGCUGCUUCCCACAGUGGGCCAAGUAACCAUGGGAGAGAUGAAAUGGUACCUAUGCCAAGAUGCUCUUCUACAUCCACCAAUAAACCUCCAGUGGGGUCCUCGUUGGUUGUGUUUUGGGGAGGUUCUGAGCAGUUGGGGAAGGAAUGGCUAGAAAUCACAGUUCAUGCCUCAGAAAAAUAAAUGGGAAGGAAGCUAUGACACCAAAA